UGCGGGGCCUGGGAAGACCGGAUAUAGUGAAUGCAGGGUCCGGGGAGACCAGAUAUAGUGAAUGCGGGGUCCGGGGAGACGGAUAUAGUGAAUGCAGGGUCCGGGGAGACCGGAUAUAGUGAAUGCAGGGUCCGGGGGAGACCGGAUAUAGUAAAUGCAGGGUCCGGGGGAGACCAGAUAUAGUGAAUGCAAAGUCCAGGGGAGACCAGAUAUAGUGAAUGCAGGGUCCGGGGAGACCAGAUAUAGUGAAUGCAGGGUCCCGGGAGAGCGGAUAUAGUGAAUGCAGGGUCCGGGGAGACCGGUUAUAGUGAAUGCAGGGUCCGGGAGACCAGAUAUAGUGAUGCAGGGUCCGGGGAGACCGGAUAUAGUGAUUGCAGGGGUCCGGGGAGACCAGAUAUAGUGAAUGCAGGGUCCGGGGAGAGCGGAUAUAGUGAAUGUAGGGUCCGG